CGGUUGGAGAUGACGUAGGAAAGGGGGGCGGUCCAAGAGCGACCGAAUAGACAGAAGCGGCAAGAAAUCAGUUGGAAGGUGAAUUUCAUUUUUCUUUUUUGGGAACGGAUGAAGUAGUGUUCGAAGGACUUUCUCAUCACCAUGAAGCGGAGAAGCAGUAUCAACGCCACCAGGAGGAGUUCAACAAUUAAAAGGCGCAGUGAGAAUUUGCGUUUUGAUGAAUUCGGCUUUGCUCUCACUAAGAAAAAGGACCAGAAACUUCAUCACCGGUGUCACGAUUACAGCUACCCCCAGCUGAGCUCAGUGAGGGUGAAAGAGCUGUGUGAGCUGCUCAGCUACUGGAAUGGAGCCAGCUUUAUCUGCAAGAGCCAAAUUGAGCGAUUUAUCAGAAUGGGUAUCCCUCCAAGCCUGCGAGGCAGAGUAUGGAAGUGCCUGCUUACAACUGAUAUUUUGAGAGAUGCCAGUGACUUCAACUACCAGAUGUGUUUGUCUGAGGUGCGAGGACCUUUGGUCGACCUGGGAAUCAGUGAAUACGGCAUCUUAUCUGCAAUCACUACACUGAGCGACACUCAGAACGACCUGGGCUUAAACCGUCAACAGCCCACCAGCCCUUCAAAGCCCCGCUACUCUGUCGAUGACAUCACACUCUUCAGACAAAUCGCCCUGGACCUGCAGCGUUCCUUCCCUACUCAUCGGUCCUUGAUGGGAGAAAGUCCCGAGGCCAUCGAGGGUCAAGCUAAACUCUUCAGGGUCCUGAUCGCCUACGCCAAAUACAACCCAAAGGUUGGAUACACCCAAGGGAUGUCCUACAUAGCAGCAGUGCUGCUGAUGGAGUUGGGGGAGGAGGAGGCCUUUUGGGCUCUGGUGGCUUUGUUGGAUAAACCCAAAUAUCUGGGUGAAAUGUUUGACCUUAGUCUCACCAAGGUGCAGCACCAGGUAAAGGUGUUUGACCAGUUCUUAAAACACAGGAAGCCUCAGCUCUCCAAGCACAUGGAGUCAGUGGGAAUCUUGUCAGUCCACUUUGUGAUGCCAUGGUUCCUGACCCUUUUCACUUCCCUGCCCUGCUGGGACUCUGUCCUGACUGUCUGGGAUCUCAUCAUUCUACACGGCUUGUCAGCUGUCUUCCGUACCGCUCUGACCAUUGUUGAGCUCUUGGAGCCCCGACUAAUGGACCUGAAGGAUGAAGGAGCAAUAUUACCCCUGCUGUUAAGAGUACCUGUUGAUGUGGCCCAGUAUACUGUGUUGGUUCCUGCCCUGUGGAAUACAGAGGUCCAAGACUGGGAGCUUAAAUGCAUGAACAGCCUGGAACUGGAUGAAAGCCACAAUGAACCAAAAGCAGAACAGAGUGAAAGUCACGGCACACUGUCUGGCGAAGUCACAGAAGGAAAAGAGAAAGAAAAUGUAUCACCAGCAUCUGUGGGAGAAAAGACCACUGAGAAGGUCACGCUUCCAGGGGCUGUAAAUAUACUGACACGGGUGAUGCGCCUGGCUCAACGGCACCUUUUGGACCCAAUGGGGCGACAACGGGUCGAAAAAAAGACUUCACAAACACAGGCAGCGCCCAGACAGCAGAGUCCUGCAACUGGACGCUUCUGCAGGAGUCGGACCUCAGCUUCAUUAACACAAGCACAGAUUCGAUCCAGGAGGCGGACCCAGCAGAGAGGCGUCACGAAUCAGCCAGUAGUGCAGGAGAGCAGUGACGAUGUCACUGUGGGAGAUGCAGAAGAUUGCGAAAAAACUGAAGGGUCAGAGCAAACCUUAAAGAGGUCAGGUACAGGACCUGUUGGCAAGGUGGCUCAUGGUCGGAGCAAUCACAGCAGAGUCAAGUCCUUCCGUCUUCUUCCAAGUGUCAAGAGCCCAGUUAAGCAGGCCCCUCCCCCCUCUUCCUCCUCUGUUCCUGCUUCAUCCGUCUGUUCCUCCACUCUUCCAUCUAUCCGUAGUCCACCUUCUAGUCUUCAGCUCUCCAGUGUUCCUAAAAGUGGGGAGCAGAAUGACUCGCCCAGGACAGCUCUCAUCAAGGAGUUGUCAUCCAGACAGCAGAACAGCUUCCCGUUCAGGAAGGCCAAAGAGUCGAAGCUGAUCUGACACUGAAGGAAGAAGAAAAGAUGUGAUGGAACGAGGGAAGAAUACAAUGCUUAAACCAUACUAUGUAGUUUGGUUUGGGAUCUAGAAUAGUUGGUAAAGGAUGUGUGAUUAGAAAGUUGCACCUCAAACACACCCAGAUCAUCUGAGGUCAAUCUGAUUUUAUAGUUUGUGCUGAGCUGUAUAGCCAAUCUCAGAUCAGCCGCAGUGUGAAACCUGCUAACUGUUUUAUGUAGUUUGAUUGUGUAUCCUGAAUUUUAUUGUGUGCUUAUUUUCUGUCUACUGGUGCAGUUUAUUUCUUCUAGAAUCAUAAAUGCUUAACAUUGACAUUUUAUUCUCUUUAGCAGCUGACACUAAUAAAUUAUGAUAUUGUUUUUAAAAGUGACACGUUAUUUAUUUAGGAGCAUGCCCAAACUGCACUCUGCUUUGGUCGUGCCAGUUUUUCAUCAGACUAUCAAAACCACCGUCUUACUAUGUAAUUAUUUUGAACCAGCAUUGGAACUCUUAUCAGUCACACCCAGAAAGUAUCACCAGUGCUCAGUCUUUGAUGUUUGUGUUCACUGCAUUUAAAUUGAGUGGAAAAAGCUUUGGAAAUUGGGUCAGUUUGAUUGGUUAUUGGUGCAGUUGUGCUCCAGGAUAAAAGCGGUGGCUUCUGGUUAAAAUGCUGAAAAUGACCACAUUCUACGGACGAGGACUGUCUUGUAAACAUAAACUGUCAUUCCUCCCCCAGACUCAAAAAUAGCAGGGACAGAAAGAGCAGAAUGUUUUUGUAGCACUGCAAUAAAUAUCAAUAAGUUCAGGGUGUGCAGUGUGUGCUUUCGAUACUGGAGACUGUGGUUUACAUUCAAUAUGACAAAGCUCAAUAUUAGCAUCAUUUAAUCAGACCUUAAAGUACAGAACUGUGGAAAGCAAGAAAACACAAGAGCUUUGGUUUGGAUUUCAAUGAUUGUGAGUCCCUCGUGUGAUGUUAGUUUUAACCAGGAAGCUUGUGUGUAAAUCUGACCCCUCUUGGUGCUACUUUACGUUAGUAUGUAACUCUCUGCAUUCCAGCCACUGAAGACAGCAGUCAAAGCUGAGCACUGGAAAUAUUUUGAAGCUUAUGGUUUAACACCGUUAAUGGUUUACGUCGCCUUCUAGUAGAAGAACGUUUGACUGACAUGGAAUGACUGAAAUAGAGUUUUGGGAAUGAUCUACCCUCGGUUAGCAGCUGGUUGUACUAAAGCUAAGCUGGCGGCUUCUGGCUGCAUUGUUAGGUAGCAUGAUCUUAACAUUUGAAACGUGGCAACAUUUCA